UUUUUUAACAUAAAAAAGGCUGGAUCCGACUUAUGCCACGCCAUUCCGGUUACAAAUUUCUCAUAUACGGUGGUGUUGGCGGCGGAACUCUUCGGAUUUUCACCGGAGCUUGCACCGCCUCCUUCAUCUUCUUAGCUUCUUACUUCACCGCAUUAAAUUAAAUUAAUCUGACCGAAACUUCGUCUUUUUCGGCACCUGUUUCUUCGAUUUGGUGCUUCCUCUUGUUUAUGGAUCCGGGCUCUAGAAGCUUCAUUUCUCGCUGUUUUGAAGUCUCUAUCACGGUUCUGCUUCCGGAGGUUUAACUUUGUUAGCUGAUUUGGUUUGAUUGAUGGUUUUGCAGAUUUUGUGGUGGAAGUAAAAUUGAUAUGCUGAGCAAAAAUGUCGUUGAGAAGUAUAGUAAGGGAACUUAAAGAAAUGAGGGAUGGGAUUGGUAACACGUCGAGGCGAGGUGUAGGAAGUAGGCAUUCUCAGCGUCGGACGAAGUCACACAUUGUUCCUGAUAUCACGCUAACGUCACUUGAACCUAUUCAGCAGGGACAAUGGGCAAAUAUACCAUCUGAAUUGCUUCUUGAUAUAAUUCGGAGGGUAGAAGAGACCGAGACUUCUUGGCCUGCACGUGCUGUUGUCGUUGCUUGUGCUUCCGUGUGUAAAUCAUGGAGGGCCGUCACAAGAGAGAUUGUCCAGACUCCCGAGCAGUGUGGAAGGCUGACAUUUCCUAUUUCAUUAAAGCAGCCGGGUCCUCGUGAUUCUCCGAUUCAGUGCUUCAUCAGGAGGGACCGAGAAACUUCUGCAUAUCUAUUGUACUAUGGAUUGGUGCCAUCUGAAAAUGAGACUGAUAAGCUGCUAUUAGCUGCCAAAAAGAUAAGGAGGGCAACAGGCACAGACUUCAUCAUAUCUUUGGUUGCCGAUGAUUUUUCUCGGUCCAGCAAUGCCUACGUUGGAAAACUCAGGUCUAAUUUUUUGGGCACCAAGUUCACUAUAUAUGACAGCCAACCUCCACAUGGAGCUGGAAUUCAACCAACUAGUCGGUCCAGUAGGAGAUUCCAUUCUAAGCAGGUAUCUCCAAGAGUUUCAGCAUGUAACUAUGUUGUUAGCACCGUUGCCUAUGAGCUGAAUGUUCUCCGCACGAGAGGGCCCAGAAGAAUGAACUGCAUCAUGACCUCGAUACCCGUCUCAGCUGUUCAGGAAGGGGGCAAUGCUCCAACUCCUACAUCUUUUCCUCAAAUUACUGAUGAACAUUUUUGUUCCGCCCCAGCACCAAAAGGUAAAGGUCCAAUUGGAGAUUUAAGCAAUUCAACCUUCUCAGAGAUGCUGCCGGUACAGAGCCAAGGCCCAAUUGAUUCUCUGGUACUUAAAAACAAGUCUCCCAGAUGGCAUGAACAGCUGCAAUGCUGGUGCCUAAACUUCAAGGGCCGUGUUACAGUGGCUUCGGUUAAGAACUUUCAACUUGUGGCUGCUGUUGAGCCAUCUCAUAAUGUUUCUGCCGCAGAGCAAGAAAAGGUUAUCUUGCAGUUUGGAAAAAUUGGAAAAGAUAUAUUUACUAUGGAUUAUCGGUAUCCACUCUCUGCCUUCCAAGCAUUUGCAAUAUGCUUGAGCAGCUUUGAUACAAAACCAGCCUGUGAAUGAGACCCAUGCCACUGGGUCAUUGUCUGCUGGUUCUCCCCACAUAUAUAUGUAUAAUUUGCUAGACACAGCAUGGUGAGAUGCAAGCUGACUAAUGCAGUCAUUAGUAUUUCCCCUUUAUGUUAGUUGUUGUAUGUGUAAUUUUAACCUUUAUGUUGUUUCAUAGCUCUGUAUCUGUAACUUUAAGCUUCAUGUUGUUUCAUAGCCCUGCAAUUAAAUUUAUGUAGAUGAUGUAUCUGUAAUUUUAA